AAGUGAGUCUCGCGUCAACAUUGAAAGUGUGAGUGUGCGCAUUUCUUUAAUUAGAGCGCUAAUACUCAAGUUUUCCACGGGAUGGCUUCCACAGACUGGUACUUGUCCCUGAAGCUGCUGGAUCAGCCCAAAUCCACCUUCCACUUCCCUGAGAUGAUGCCAGGGGACGUCGCACCCGGAGGAUACCGAGUUGCCACCUUAAAGCAACUUGUGGCCGCUCAGCUCCCAGACUCCAUACCCGACCCGGACCUUAUAGAGCUGGUCCAUUGUGGGCGUAAGCUGAAGGACGACUUCACACUCGAUGCCUGCGGAAUUCAACCGGGAUCCACGUUGCAUGUACUGAAAAAGACUUGGCCAGAGCCUGAAAGCAUUGCAGAACCUGUGAACAGAGCCACUGCGGCCAGGGAGUUUCGAAUGCUUCACGCGGCCCUUCAUUCGUUACACUCCACCUACAGAGAUUCAGUGUACAAAAUGCUAACCAACAAAGAGUCAUUGGAUCAGAUCAUCGUGGCCACACCAGGACUCAGAUCUGACCCGGUGGCUCUCGGCGUGCUGCAAGACAAAGACCUGUUCGUGCAGUUCACAGACCCCAACAUGUUAGACACGCUCAUCAGCUCUCACCCGGCCCUGGUCAACGCAAUCAUCCUGGUGCUGCACUCCGUGGCAGGAAGCACGCCCACGCAGUCCACUGCUGCCUCUUCUACCCGCAACACCUCAGCCAGCUCAUACAGUGAUAUGCCAGGAGGCUUCAUGUUUGAGGGCAUGUCUGAUGAUGAUGAAGACUUCCAGCCUCAGGGCAGCCCGGCGGGCCCCUCGAGCAGAGCUGGGCCAUCGGUGGGCAUACGGCCGCUCUCUCUGAACCACAGCGGUGCCACGGGCCCUCGACCGAUCACGCAGAGUGAGCUAGCUACAGCGCUAGCCCUCGCUAGCACGCCGGAAAGCAGCGCAGUGACUCCGACCACAGUCAGCCAGGCCGAGUCGUCGAGCAGUGGCCCACCCAUGCCGGCAGGGACCCCCGUCAGCAACGACCUGUUCAGCCAGGCGCUGCAACAAGCCCUCCAAGCCACCAACAUGUCUGCCCUGCAGGGCCGCUGGCAAUCGCAGAUGCAACAGCUCAGAGAUAUGGGCAUCCAGGAUGAGGAACUGAUGCUCAGAGCUCUGCAGGCCACCGAAGGAGAUAUCCAGGCUGCCCUGGAGCUCAUCUUUGCCGGCGGACCGGGGCUCUGAACCUCUGGGUGAACAACAUCCGUAGGACUUUUUGUUGUCACAUUAUUGUCAUGUUCUAUGUCGUAUCAUAAGGUCCUAAUACAUUCUGUUAUUUAGUCACUAUGCUUGAAAUAAAUGGAAAUAAAGAUGUUUUGGAAA